CUUCCCUGCUGAUUGGAACUCUCUUGGGUACAAUGAGUUGGGUCGCUACUCUUCAAAACCCGGGCGUGGAGUGGAAAAGACCAAAGGAGUUGUGCUCAAACCCUCAGUUCAUUGUUGAAGGAGCCACGAGAACUGACAUCUGCCAAGGGGCUUUGGGUGACUGUUGGUUGCUGGCAGCCCUUGCCUCUCUUACCUUGGACAAAGACAUCUUGGCUCGAGUGGUACCCCCUGGCCAGAGCUUUGAUGAGAAUUAUGCUGGCAUCUUUCACUUCCAGUUUUGGCAGUAUGGACAGUGGGUGGAUGUUGUGAUUGACGAUAGGCUGCCCACAAGAGAGGGGAAACUGCUGUUUGUUCACUCAGCUGAGGGCUCAGAGUAUUGGAGCGCCCUGCUGGAGAAGGCCUAUGCUAAGUGAGUAAACA